AUGGAAUGGUUUGAUCUCCUUGCUGUCCAAGGGACUCUCAAGAGUGUUCUCCAGCACCACUCUUUGAAAGCAUCAAUUCUUUGGCACUCAGCCUUUGUUAUUGUCCAAGUCUCACAUCUGUACAUGAUUACUGCAAAAACCAUAGCUUUGACUAGAUGGAACUUUGUCAGCAAAAUGAUGUCUCUGCUUUUUAAUACGCUGUCUAGUUUUGUCAUAGUUUUUCUUCUAAGGAGCAAGCGUCUUUUAACUUCAUGGCUGAAGGCACCAUCUGUAGUGAUUGUGGAGCCCAAGAAAAUAGUUGGUCACUGUUUCCAUUGUUUCCCCAUCCAUUUGCCAUGA